AUGAAGAACGUCGUCUUCGUCGGCUACGGCCCCUCGGCGGUCCAGGCAGCGAAAGAUCUCGCCGGUUCGCUCCCCGCCGACUAUCGCAUCGUCGCUAUCACGUCGAACGAGGGCUACUGGCCGCCCGCUGCGUUGCGAGCUGCCGUCGUGCCGGGCUGGGAGGACAAGCCGCUGGCUACUGUCGACGCUGCCUUCCCGCAAGACGACCGCCAUGUGAUGCUCAAGAUGACCAACGUCGUCGAGCUGCGCAAGAACAGCGUCGUGAUUGACAAAGCACACCCGGAUCUUGGGUUCGAGGGGGAGGAGAUCCCGUUCGAGUAUUGCGUUCUUGCAAUGGGCUCGAAGUACCCCUACCCUUGCCGCCCACACCCUAGCUCCUCCUUCUCCCAAACCCUCGCCGACCUGCGCCAAACCCAACUCGAAGUCUCCCAAUCGCACCACAUCCUAAUCAUCGGCGGCGGUCCCGUCGGUAUCGAAUUCGCAGGCGAAGUCGCCGCGCAUUAUGGGAAAGGAAGGAAGGAGAUCACGCUUGUGCAUUCGAGGGAGAGGUUGCUUGAUCAGGCUGGGUGGAAGGAGAAGUUGGGCAAGUCGCUCGAGGGUCAGUUGGAGGGGUAUGGGGUUAGGGUCGUGAUGGGGAGGAAGGUGGUUGAUGUGCCGGAGAAGACGGGGCGGAUAGAGGGAGGGGAGGAGUUCCACCUCGACGACGGCCAGAAGAUCAAGGCCGACUUUGUCUUCCUCGCAACGGGCAACGCGCCCAACUCAGACCUCGUGGCCUCGUUCGACCCCUCCGUGCUGGACGACUCGAAGCACAUCAAGGUCAAUCCGGCGUUCCAAGUCGAGGGCUACGAGCACAUUUUCGCAAUGGGGGACGUGACGGAUGUCAAGGAGGGGAAGCAGUUUGCGCAUGCAAAGAACCACGGCUCAGUCGUAGCAUCCAACAUCCUCAGCCUCAUCCACUCCCCCUCCCCCUCCUCCGCCUCACUUAAGUCCUACAAGCCCGGCUCGAACCUCAUCCUCGUCUCGGUCGGUCCAUGGGGCGGCGCAGGCCAGAUAUUCGGGUUCGUACCCGGUGCUUGGUUUUCGGCGCUCGUCAAAUCCCGAUCACUCUUUGUUAGCGACUUCAAGAAGAUGUACAACGUCGCUUAG